AUGCAUUCUCCCCCAGAUCAUACGGUUGGGAUUGCACGGAAGCUGGCGAAACAGAGCAUCGGCGGAGAUAUCGUCUCCCUGGUGAGAUCUUGGGGUUUUGCUGGGAGACGCCACCCGCCGCAUCACCGAAGGAGGCGAUCUGCCGCGGAGUGCGAACAGUUCCGACGGGCGGCCAGGAUCGCGGCGGAGCAGAACGCUACCCUGAUCUUGACCGUGGGUCAUAAGGGUUGUGCCAACUUCAGCAGCCUACAGAGGGCCGUGGACGCAGUUCCUGAUUACAGCUCCGGGAGGACCUUCGUCAUCCUCGAUUCUGGCAUCUUCAGGUCCAAAAAAUCCUCCUGAAUGCUUGAUAAUUGUUGUCCAAUUAAGGAUAGUCACGUUAGAUUCUCAAAGGCCGUAAUAAAAAAAUCGAUGGCAGAGAGAAAGUGGUCGUCAGCGCGAGCAAGGUGAACGUCACCUUGCAAGGGCAGGGCUACCUCAACACGUCCGUCGAGUGGAACGACACCGCGAACUCCUCUGGCGGUACAGCAUACAGUGCGACAGUGGCCGUCUUCUCCGCCAACUUCGCCGCUUACAAUCUCAGUUUCCGAGCAAGUAUUCAAAAUCAAUAGGCUGAUGGUUAACCAGGAAGUUCAUUUAUCUCGUUUAUGAUGUAGUCAACUGUGUCUGACUGCUGGAUUUGAUGAAGGACAGAACACGGCGUUUCCGCCUGAGCCGGGGGAAGUAGGUGCUCAGGCCGUCGCUCUGAGGAUUUCCGGCGAUCAAGCAGCCUUCUACGGUUGCGGAUUCUACGGAGCACAAGACACGCUUCUUGACGACCGAGGCCGACAUUACUUCAGGGACUGCUUCAUCGAGGGUUCCAUCGAUUUCAUCUUUGGGAGAGCCCGAUCCAUAUACGAGGUUGAUUGUUAACCUUAAACCUUUCACCCGCUCGACAGAAACUGGACUGACGCACAGAACUGGGCAGGGCUGCCAGCUGAACUCUAUUGCCCAGGAGCCACCCAACGGCACCGGGAGGGUCACCGGAGUCAUUACGGCCCAUGGGCGGCAGUCGGCCAGCGAGAAGACGGGUUUCUCCUUCGUGAGCUGCUCCAUCGUCGGGUCUGGGAGGGUCUGGCUCGGCCGAGCCUGGGGCCCUUACGCUUCCGUGGUCUUCUCCAAGACGACUAUGUCGGGCAUCAUCGCUCCGGAACGAUGGAACGACUGGAACGAUCCUUCCAGAGACCAGUCUGUUCUCGAUCCCCCCCUUCUCUCUCUCUCCCUCUCUCUCUCUCUCUCUCUCUCUCUCGCUAUCUAUCUAUAUAUUUCUAUAAAUAACAGAUAUUUCUAUCUAUUUCUGUUAAAUUCUUGAGUCCAAAUCUCAAAGACGCAUGCCAAAUCGGAUGGUUGCUACCCGCUCCACUAAUGCCCAACUAAUUUUUCCUCAAUCAACGAGUAUGCUAAUACGUCGAGGGGUACGUGAGAUUCGUGAGGAACAGCAGGCUAAAUCAUGCUCACUCUGCUCAUUGGCUAUCGGUUUUGAAGGCGUAUUUCUCAUAUCCCCCUCAUAAUUAUCUUGCUUCAAUAUGCCGCAGAACCGUCAACUUCGGCGAGUACAGUUGCACGGGACCAGGCGCUGACUACACCACAUCCAAAGCCGGGUACUGGAAGCUGCUCGGGGACUGUGAAGCGGCCCCCUUCAUGGGCAUCUCCUACAUAGAUGGGAAUGAUUGGGCGGUGCCUCCCAACGGGAACCCUUACCCUAAUCCGUGCCAAGGAUUUGAAGCUCAUCGAGAGCAACUGGCCUCGUGGAGAACAUAA